AUGGAGGAUGCAUAUGUGCUUUGCAAAAUUUUUAAAAAGAGUGGACUAGGCCCGAAAAAUGGUGAACAGCAUGGAGCACCAUUUAAAGAAGAAGAUUGGGAUAAUGAUGCAACAAACAAUUCUUUGUUAUCUCUUCCUCUUGCUGGCUCUAGUUCUCCUUCACCUGGUUCAGCAGAUGGCCAAAAUAUGGUCAUGACAAACUGCGCAACUGAGGCUGGGAUAGGGUGUGCUUCAUUGUUGGAACCACAUCCUCGACUGUCUCUUGUUGUUGGCGAGGAGGAUCCUUCUUUGCUUGAGUAUUUUAAUAUCAAUGAGCUGCUGUUGAAAUUGUCUGACAAGGACAUUGAGGCUUCAACUUCUCAUGGAAGUCAUACUACUGAGGUAACAGCCUAG